AUGCUAGGAGAAAUUAAAAAGAAUAAAAAUGGAAGCUCUUUCCAGGCAAGCUUUGCUCAGCAAGAUGAUAAUCAGGACUCUCAGAUGCAGCAUGAAAGCAGCCAAAACAUGGAGGAUUAUGAAGCUUAUUAUAAUCAAAUGUAUAACAAUGAACAUGGAGAUCGGGACAAUCAUGUCAAUCAACAGCAGGGCAACCUAGGAUGGCAGAAUGAUCAGAUUGUUCAUGAUACAAUAUAUCUUCAUGGCUUAAGGGAUAUACAUUUUACUGGCUCUCCUUUCACAUGGUCAAAUCAAAGAAAUGCUCACCAAAAUGUAAAAACUAGAAUAGACAGAGCUUUGGCCAACAACGAUUGGUUCUUCUCCUAUAUAAACUCAGUUAUAAAUAACCUUCUUCCUCAUGGGUCUGAUCAUGCACCAAUCCUUCUUCAAACCCAAGUUACUUCUAAGCAGCAACCAAAAAUAAGAAGAUUUUAUCAAGUCUGGUUCACAAAUUCUACCUGCAAGAAAGUGAUUGAAGAUACUUGGAACUCAACAGAGAAUAAGGAUUUUACUGUAACAGAGAAGUUGCAAGCCACAACAAAAGCUUUGAGUACAUGGAAUCAUAAAGUCUUUGGUCAUGUCAACAUAGAAAUGAAGAAAAUUCAAAAUCAGCUCCAAAAAGAGAAAAACUGCAGUGCUCAAAACAGAGACAAGAUAAAAGCCCUAGAAGCAGAUUUGAAUAGUUGGUAUGACAAGAAAGCAGCUAUACAGUAUCAGCAGGCCAGAGAAAACAUAAUAAAGAAAGAAGACAGAAACAACAAAUACUUUCACGUCAAAGCUAAUUUCAGGAGAAGGGGGAAUCACAUUGAUACUAUUCAAAAUGAGCAAGGAACCUGGGUCUCAACUAAGGAGGAAAUUCAUUAA